AUGACAACAGAAGAUACCUUAUACCCGGCAACCAACCUAUUCGAUGGAAAGUAUGCAACUAUUGGACACAGUGUUCAGAGAAACCACCCUAAUGGAUUUAACAUCUCAAUAGAAUUCCCGUCAGCAUAUAGAAUAUCUCUGAUACGAGUGAUUAAUAGGCAAAACUGUUGUCAAGAGAGAAUUAUCGGAUUUAGCGUGUACAUCGUGAAUAAGAUCGGAUCAGAGGUGAACUGUGGCAGUUUCACUGAAGCGAAGUCAGAGUAUGAGUUUAGGCGGGAGGGAGUUGGAGAUAAGGUAGAGAUAAGAAAGGAGGUGGAUGUAAAGAUGGUUAAUCUGGGAGAGGUGGAGAUCUACGGUGUUCUAGCUGCACAGUGCGAUAACCUCGAUCCUAAUUGGAACAAAGUAACACCGGAGCCAGCCCUCCCAGCCCCACACGGAAUAAAGAUUACCCUCAGCUGUCCUGCAGACUACACCAACAAGGGAGGUGACAAAGCCACUUGUCAGGACGGAACUGUUGUCCCAACUAAUCAGCUUCCUGAUUGUCGUGCCAAGUGCACGAUUGUCAACUCGAAUCUAGAUGUCAUAGUAGCAGACUCUGAGUUACCAGCUGAAGAUGAAACAGAAAUAUCCUACAGCUGCCCACGAAAUCAAGCAAAGAAAGGAAAUGAUGUCAAAGCGGGAGAGGUUCAAGGCAGUUUUAAAAACCUCUACUAA